AUACAAGGCACACAAAUUUAUAACAACGAGUACAUGGAACUACUCCUAGCCCAAGGCGCCUACCCAACUAUUCUAAUCUUGGCUUUUUAAACACUCAUAUCUACGGUCAUGUCCUCAUUAAGGGCAAUAAGUCGUAAUUGUUGUCUAACACUUCCUUUCAAUUCUUCCUAAGUCUACCCCUUUCCCUGCUCCCAUGCACCAACGUAAGCCUCUCGCAUCUCCACAUUGGACGUCAGCAUUCCGCCGCUUCAUAUGCCCAAACCACCUCAACCUCGCUUUCAGCAGAUCAAGGCUUAAUAUACCAAAUAUGGUUGAUUUCCCACCUCUUCAGUUGAUAACCACAAUCACGAUGGGAAAGACAAGGUGGGAGCUGGGAACAGGUGUGACAACGAUUCAAGGACGUUAUGCACAGGGCUGCGAGGACAUUAUGCACUGGGCUGCGAGGACAUUAUGCACUAGGACAGAAUGCAGCGAGGACAGAAUGCAGCGAGGUCUUUAUGAACUGAACCUGCAAAACACAACACCGUGGAAGGACAGCGGAGUCGCCGGAGCUGUCCUUAAGAAAUUAAGUUUCAACUUGCCUAGUUGCCUUGUGUGUGUUCAUUUUGAAGAUUUGCAGAAUCCCAGGGUUGAUCCUGGGCUCAAAAACAUCACUUGGGUCCUCAGGAGUCUUACACUUGCGCUCAACACCCGGAACUCUUGGAAGGCUUCCCGUUCAAUAACUUGGGCACAAGAGCGUAUUCAUUUCCCACCUUCAAACAACAGGGAAGCUGUCAUGCUACAAUACGGAAAGGUCUUCACCACCGAAUCAUUUGACAUAUGCGGAAGGCAUGCUGCUUUUUACGAAUAGACAUGUGGCAAAUCUAAGGAAACUUAAAACAUUUCUUGACACAUUUCAAAAGGCUAGUGCACUCAGGCUCAAGCUGGAAAAAUGUAAACUGUUCACAUCGAAACCCUCUUCAAACACAACUAGAAGGAAGAAGGAAGCUUUGGAGGUGCGGAUUGGCAAGCUACCGUGUCAAUACCUUGGCGCACAAAUAUACAAGGGAUUAACAG